UCAAGUCACACACCCACACUGUUAUCUGCUCACAUUGUGAUUUCUCCAGUGGCUGCGUUACCCUCUAUUUCCAUAUUAAGGAGGCUCUCAUGUUAAUUUCACUGCAUUUCCUUUAAUGCAGAAGAACAGAAUGAUCAGAAUCAAAACGUGCUGCAGAUGAAUCUUCUCUUUUAUUCGCUCUCGGUGGUCUUCAUUUUACUCGACAAUGGUGUUUCCGGUGUCGGAUCAGAUGCAGUGUCAGUGAUGGAGGGAGAUUCAGUCACUCUAUACACUGGUGUUCAAACAAUCAAACAAUAUGAUAUUAAAUGGUAUUUUAAUGACACUCGUAUCGCUCAGAUCAAUGGAGAUCUCAGUAAGUUCUGUACAGAUGUUCAGUGUAAUGAAGGCACUGAGAGAUUCAGAGACAGACUGAAGCUGGAUCAUCAAACUGGAUCUCUGACCAUCAUGAACACCAGAAACACACACUCUGGACUCUAUGAAGUGAAGAUCAUCAGCAGCAGAAUCAGUGGAAAUAUCUUCAAUGUUUCUGUUCAUGAUGUACCUGCUGCUGAACGAGAUGAAGUGAAGAGAAAGUCAGUGAAGGAGGGAGAAUCUGUUACUUUACAUCCUGGUGUAAUAAGAAAACCAAGUGAUGUGAUGAUGUGGUAUUUUAAUGACACUCUCAUCGCUGAAAUCACUGGAGAUCAGAGUCAGAUCUGUACAGAUGAUCAGUGUAAAGAGAGAUUCAGAGACAGACUGAAGCUGGAUCAUCAGACUGGAUCUCUGACCAUCAUGACCACCAGAAACACACACUCUGGAGAAUAUAAACUACAGAUCAACAUUAACAACAGCAGCUUCAGCAUCACUAGGGUGAAGAGAUUCAGUGUUUCUGUCAUUGGGUCAGGUCUGUCUUCAGGAGCUGUAGCAGGAAUAGUUGUUAGUGUUCUUCUGCUGGUUUCUGCUGUUGUGGGUGCUGCUGUUGCUCUGAUUUACUAUCAUCACCACGGUACACAUGCAGCAGUACCACAGGAUGACGGGGAUGCUGAUGACCCACCAGCUGAUCCCAAUGACAUUCCUGUGGAGAACAUGGAACAUCCAGGUGAUGCUGAUGAUCUACAACCUGAUCCACAUGACAUUCUUUUGGAGGACAUGGAACAUCCAGACUCAGGCCGAGGCUCCCAAUAAAAUAAUGUAACAUUAUUUAUAAUUUUGAUGCACUGAAAUGAGCACUGAAGAGAAUUUGGAAAUGAUGGAAAAAGAUCAGCUGAAACUCUUUAAUUGUUACGAUUCCAAGAUUUCAGUGAUCGGUACCAAUACGAGUGAAUUUGGCAUUUAGCCUUAAACUCUACAUGACUGUAGGGCUGAGCGAAUAUGGGUCGAACUCUUGACCUCCCUACAACUUCAGAAAUACCUCUAAUGUGCAUUAAAUGUGACAAAAUGACUUUCGUCAUCACAGUUUACUGAAGCAUAUCUGGUGAAAGGGAACAGGCUUCUGUUUGGGGAGAAGGUCCUUAAAUACAGAUCUUAAAGUAUCAAGGUCCAAUGAUGCAAUGUCUAUUUGUGUGUACAAAUGUAUGUGUGGUAUGUGCAAUGUGCAUGUCAUGCGUGCAGAAUGUUGGUCCUGGUACAGUCUGAAAACAAAAUGAAUCUAAAUGUUCUUUCAUUCUAUUGAACCGUAUAUUUAAACACGUAACUUGACCCUUGUGCAUCAAUUAAAAAAAGUUACACAUAGGUAAAAAGAGGACUAAAAUGUCCAUGUCAAAAAACUGUCAUA